CGUCAUUUCUUCCGCGUUGGCCUGGACGUGGCACCGAGGAGGAGCUGCUGAUUCUCCGGUGUUUCUGCGCCUGUUCCCGCGGCUCUGAGCAGCUUCUCCCGGACUCCCCGGAUCUCUUUCUCCCCCCGCCGGGUUCCUAGUCUCCCGCCGCUGAACCGGGACUGCUUUUAUCAACAAUGGGGCUGACGAUCUCGUCUCUGUUCUCCAAGUUCUUCGGGAAGAAGCAGAUGCGGAUCCUGAUGGUCGGUUUGGACGCAGCUGGAAAAACAACGAUCCUGUACAAACUGAAGCUCGGAGAGAUCGUCACCACCAUCCCAACUAUCGGCUUUAAUGUGGAGACGGUCGAGUAUAAGAACAUCUGUUUCACAGUCUGGGACGUCGGAGGCCAGGACAAGAUCCGUCCUCUCUGGAGACACUACUUCCAGAACACACAGGGUCUGAUCUUCGUGGUGGACAGUAACGACAGAGAGAGAGUGACAGAGUCAGCAGAGGAACUCUCCAAGAUGAUCCAGGAGGACGAGCUGAAGGACGCCGUUCUUCUGGUGUUUGCUAACAAACAGGAUCUUCCUAACGCCAUGGGGGUCAGUGAACUCACCGACAAGCUGGGACUGCACAGCCUACGCAGCAGAACUUGGCAUGUCCAGGCGACCUGUGCGACUCAGGGCACCGGUCUGUACGAGGGUCUUGAUUGGCUGUCCAACGAGCUGUCGAAGCGUUAGCGCCUCACAGGAAACA